AUGCGCCGUUGUCGAAGUCUGGGUCUGGCUAGCGGAUAUGGGAUUGGUCUAAUGUGUGUCUGGGGCAUUAUCUGGAGUGGUGUCUUGCUGGUCUACAGUGAUCCAAAGGCUGCAUUUCAGAGGCUGGAAUGCAGAGACAGGAAGAAGGAGGAGGAGGCAGUGGCGGCUGUAUCAAGCAUAAACGGCUCGUUGAAUUCGACCAAGCCAGCUAAUUCAAGCCUCAGGAACAGAAAGAUAUAUGGCGUCGUAGGUGGAGCUCAUGAACCCACGGAGGAGGACAAAGAUCUUCGAGAAGACACAGACAAGUCAAACCAUAUCUUGGUCUGGCAAUCUUAUCCAGACGGCUUCCGACACCGACUCGAUUGGGUGACCGACUUGUGCACCAGCUUCCGCGGUCCAGGUUGGAGCUGGCACAACCAGACCCUCCCAGCAGCUGACUAUCCUAACCCUUCUAUGCUUCCCACACCAUCAUCAUCAACCAAAUCACUCAUGCGCAUUGCCGUUCGAGACUUCUUAAUCUGGUAUUUUGUAGUAGAUACCGUCAAGACAGCGAUAAUGGCAGACCCAUACUUCUGGGGUGUCGUCUCCAUAUCUUCACCAGGUCCAACCGUCACCUACCUACCGUCAAUAAUCGCCAACAUCGCACCCUUCACAAAGCUCUACCGGCUUUUGCUCUCCCUCCUCGCAACCGUCUCCGCCCUAAGGACGAAUUUGUCGAGCGGCAGCCUCUUCUUCGCCUUGCUCCUUCCCCUCCUCAAUCUCCACAUCUACACCCGCGCUCCGCUCCUCGAACCACUCCUCUACCCACCCUUCUGGGGCAGCUUCACCACCAGCGUGCUCGACAAAGGCCUAGCCGGCUGGUGGGGAAAAUGGUGGCACCAGCUCUUCCGCAUGGGAAUCUCCGAACCCUCACGCUUUCUCAUCGAGAAAUUCGGCUGGAACCCGCGGAGCCAGAAGGCAAAGCUCCUGCAACUCUUCACCGCGCUCGCCAUCAGCGGCACCAUCCACGCCGGCGCGAGCUACACGACCUUCAACCCCCAAAGCCGACCGUGGUCUGGACCAUUCGUGUUCUUCUUCUCCCAAGCCUUCGGCAUUCUGGCUGAGCAGUUCGUCUUCAAGACGAUGGGUGUUUCAAAUCUCGUGCGGAACUGGCCGAGGACCCUGAGGAGGGCUGGGACGUUGGUGUACGUGAUGGCGUGGUUCUAUAUUACCGGGCCGUGGUUGGCGGAUGAUUUUGCGAGGUCCGGGAUUUGGCUGUUCGAGCCGGUGCCCGUUAGUUUGUUGAGGGGCCUGGGGCUGGGAGCUGAAGGGGAGGGGUGGUGGUGUUGGGCUAGGGCGUGGCCUAGGUGGUGGAAUGGGGUGGAGGGGACGCCUUGGUGGAGGAAGGGAAUUGCUAUCUAA